GGAGGACUGAUGAUCAACUCACGUAAAGGAAACACAAAGAAGAUGAGCUACUACAAUAUUUGCGGCUGCAACAAGCUUGUCAAGAUGAGCUACAUCAUUUUAUUCAACUUGUUGAUCAUCGGCAGCAGCCUCAUAACGCGAUCAAUUUCAACGGCGAUGGAGGAUAUUGGUGAUGAAAUGAAUAACGACCUGUUAGAGCAGCUCAUGUCCAGCCAAGAAGAUAUGAUGCAGGUUGCUGGAUAUGGAGAAGAAAAGCUUUCCACCGUCCUUAUUACAGGCUCAGUCCAUUGCGAGGAGGCUUGUAUUAAUCGUAAUAAUUUGAAUAGUUUGCAUUCUGAUCAAACUGAUCGUGAUCAUCAGCUUCAUCGUCAUGCAUGGCCUCUACCAGGAGCUUUGGUGUCUGUCAAUUGCCGUGUUAGUGGGAGAAGAAGAAAAUCCAGUUUGGCACAAGGCGUCACAGAUGAAUUCGGGGAGUUCAUGAUUGAUCUUCCUUCCAAUCUACAUGCAAUUCCCAACUUGGACAAAACAUGUUGUGUUAGAGUACUUGGGAUACCAAAGAACGCACAAUGCCGACCAGCUUCUGUCAGGAGGCACAAAGGACUCAAACUAUCGUCGGUUGGUAAUGGCAUCCGAACCUACACCGCCGGAAGGAUAAGGUUCCAGCAUUUGACCUCUAAACCUUCACAAGCAUGCGUGGAGGAAGCAAGCAACAAUCAGAUGUGAUCAUACAGAUCCAUUGCAUAUUACACCGGGAUCCUGGAUGGCGCUUCAGUCACAGCAUUGAGAUGCAAGGGUUUGAACUCAUCGUACUGUUAUGUAUAUACGUUUAUAGGAAAAGUGCGAAGAUAGAUUCAUCCACUUAAAAAUAACAAAAAGAGGAAGUAUAGCAACACUGAGAUACAGGGGUUUGAACCAAUUCUACUCAUCGGAUGUGAAGUAUUAGCAUAAUGACAGAUAUCAUGUAUGUAAAUGCUUCGGGAGAUGAAUAUCAUAUGAUAUAAGAUAUGCGAAUUGAGA